UCCGAGCCUGAUGCCCUGAAGUCCUGUGCUGUCUCCCUGAGCCACCAGGGGCCCCAGUCCCUCAGAGGGACGCACAGCUCUCAGUUCAACUUCACCCUGAACCCUCCAGCUCUAGUCAAGCUGUCCCACCCUGCCUCCUCUCCCUCCUCUGCUGCUCCUGCUCCCCUUUCUCCUCCCUCCUGGCCCCCGCGCACACACCUGGACUCCCAGUCAGCCUUCUCCCUCCAUGAUGAGGGGUGGGGGGAGGUGCCUGGGGCCCUGGAUGUGGCCCCACAGUCUUCUUAUUUGGCAUCACCUGGGAACCUCAGGGACCUGGGACAACGACACUGUCAAGAUGCAUCAACAUUAACAGACCUUUGCUCAGACCUGCCAGAGUUGGAGAUAGUGAGCCUCCUUUCAGAGGGACAGCCCAACUACACGCUGCGAGCAGACAGUGUGUUUGGAUACGACAAUGACGACUGGCUGCACACCCCUCUGCUGCAACCAGAGGUCGUUCUGGGACUCACACAUGGGCAGAUUGAAGAGACACUCAAGUACUUUUUGCUUUGCUCAGACAGGGUGGGCCAGGUCACCAAGACGUAUCAUGACAUCAAGGCAGUCACCCACCUACUGGAGGAGAAAGAGCGUGAUCUGGAGUUAGCAGCAAGAAUUGGUCAAUCUCUCCUGAAGAAGAACCAAGAACUGACCACACGUAAUGAAAUGCUGGAUGAACAGCUUGAGGUUGCAAAAGAAGAGAUUGCGCAACUUCGCCAUGAACUCACAAUGCGAGAUGAUCUUCUUCAGUUCUACGCAAGUACAGAGGAGAUGGAAAACGCUGAAGCACACUCACUGAUAAAAAAGAACAAUUCAUGCACUUCUCUGAGCAACUUCGUCCACUAUGAUUUCUUGCAGCAGAAACUGAAGGAUUUAGAGGAUGAAAAUCGCAAACUGCGAUUAGAGGCCAGCGAGCUUACAACAGAAACAUCAAACUAUGAAGAGCAGGAGCAAGAGCUGAUGAUGGUGUGUGUGGAUGAGCUCUCGUCUGUCAAUAAGCAGGUGGUUGAUCUGUCUGAGGAGCUGGCACGGAAAGUAGAGGACUCUCUCCGACAACAGGAAGAGAUCAGCUCACUGCUAGCUCAGAUUGUUGACCUGCAGGCUCGAUGCAAAGGGCUCACCAAUGAGAAUGAGGAGCUCAAUCAGAACCUGGGUGCCGCCCGUGAGAGUCAGGAAAAACUUCAAUCAGAGCUCAAGGACCUGCAGGAUAAAUACUCAGAGUGUGAGGACAUGCUGUGUGAGGCCCGAGAGGACAUAAAAAACUUGAGGAAUAAAAGCCUUCCCAACAGCACAGUGCAGCGGUACACCGCGCUGGCCUCCGUCCUCCCCAUGGACUCACUGGCUGCAGAGAUAGAGGGCACCUUCCGCAAAGGCCUGGACAACCCGGCUCCUUCAGAGUACAAGAACCACCCGUGGCGUGUGUUUGAAACGGUAAAAGUAGUGAAUAAGGCCGUGAGGAUGCGGUCUCAAUGCCCCUCCCCGGGUCUUCCAGGAUCCAACCCUUUAUCGGCUCGUUCCAGUUGUGCCAGCACCCCCCGAACCAGCUACUAUGGCUCAGACAACAUCAGUAUAACUCUGGAGGACAAGCCCAAUUCUAGUAAUACCCACAAAGAAGAAAACUGUGUAAGUGAACCGAAACGUCUGGGCCAGCCAGGCACACCGGGAGGCCACGACUUGGAGGCAGCCCUGCGCAGCCUGUCAGUUCGUCAGCAGAACCACUCCUCAGAGCGGCCUUUCUUUGAUGUGGAGCGGGAGCGUAAACUUAAUGCUUUGGUAGCGAACUCUGAGGAGGGCGAGGGUUCCAGUGGCUUCCUGACACCAAAUGACAGCUUGGUCUCCAGCCCAGCAGCAUCGACAGGCACCAACUACUCCAAUGGCAGCUCACGGCACUCGUGUGGCUCCUCAGGAGGAUCCAGAUCCUACCUGCCGGACCGACUGCAGAUUGUCAAACCUCUGGAAGGCUCGGUGACUCUGCAUCAUUGGCAACAGUUAGCCAAACCUAAUCUGGGUGGCAUCCUGCACCCACGUCCAGGCGUCCUGACUAAAGACUUCAGAGAGCUGGAGGUGGAUGUGCAGCACAUCUACAGUCUGAAUGACCUGGAGGAGGAUGAGCCUGACCUGUCACAGAUGUCUGGAGCUCACGGCAUGGUCUCUCCAUCCGGUCCAAACCUCCCUCAGACCUCUCCCACACAUACCAUUACCACCUGCCAAGUCCACCAACCCUCCCUCCUCACCCCCUCAUUCUCCACUAGCCUUCGCUCUUUCAGCAUGCCACCUUGUCGGAACUGUGACCUCUUGAGCACUUCAUCGCCAUCUCACCUUCAGCUCUUUGGCCCAGGAGGCCAGAUCACAACCUCCAUGACCACCACCACCACCACCGAUGUCAGCACUUCACGACUGGGACUUGUGCAGCUGCUGCGCGAGCGCGGCAUCUCAGCUUCUCCUCAUGUCCAUCCCUACCUGCACUACAGCCAGAGCACUAAACCUUCAGACUCAUCAUUAACCGACAAAGGCGGAGGCUCAGGAUCAUUGCACAGAGAGGGAAGAAGGAACAUUUUCAGUUUGAACUUGGUGGCCAAGCUUCAGGGUCUAGGGCUGCACAGAGUGGCAGCUUUGGGGAUGAAAGGACGUUGUGAAACAGAGAAAGACGGGCGUCCUCUGAAGGUUUGAUGAGGGCUGUUCACGGGUUAACUCCCAGCUUAUUCACCGGAGUGACUUUAAAUCAUUCACAUGGAGCAAUUCAGGGCUCACAGCUCUACUGUCUUGUAAACAAAAGCCACAUAAAGUUCUAGAGCCAUAAGUUAGAUUGUUUGUAGUGUACAGUAAUGUUAUUUUCUAUUACAGUGUGUACGGUAGCUGUAUGUGAACAUCAAAAUUUCAUCUCAGGACAUCGCCCUAUCACCAGUUUGUUUGACUGUAAAAUGAUGUAUAACUACUUUUUACACCAAGAAAACAUUCAUGAAGAAAAUCAUAUUUUUAUACUUUGUUUUUGUUUCAAUUUUACACAUUAUCCCUUAAAAGUCAUGAACCUCAACCAUUUUUUUGUUUCCAAAGUGGAACAUCAGUCAUUAUGUAUAUAAUAAAGUAAACAAGCUGUCACUUUUGAAAACAAAAGACAAAAUGCAGUAAGUUAUUUGAAACCACAAAUGAAACCAAUGCUUUCACACUGAAGAACUUCAAAUGCACUAAAGUACACUCCAGUCUUCCUGCUCAUAAGCUGGUUCACUGAGAAAGGCACAUAGUAAAUUUGACUGUCAAGCAAAACACUUGAAGAGCUUAUCACUGAGUAAUGCAAAGACUGAACUAAACUAGCUGAAACAUUUGUUGCUCUAAAGUUUAAUGCCAGCUUUUUCAUCACACAUGUUGUUAUGGCUGCAUCAGCACAGUUUCACCCAAACUCUGUUUGAAUGAAAUGAACCUUGUGGACUUUUUCAUGAGCCAAAACUCUGCAUCAAAGAAAGUAGAUGAUUUUUUUCAUGCAAUAUGAGAACUUUUACUGCUGAAAAAUGUAGCUUGUGCUGUAUUCAGUGUCAUCAGGGAUUUUGAAAUCACUGGGAUAUAUAAAUGAACUCAAUUGUUUUGUGAAUUCUCCAUGAUGUUAUUUAAAGGCAUGUAGAAGAGUGGUAAUUUCUAUUUAAACAACAAUCAUCUGUAGCAAAAAGGCAUAGGAUACUGUAGAUUAAAAAGGGAAGAAUCCAUACACACAGGUUGUAUUAAUUUGUGUUAUGACUUAAAUCAACCAAACCACUGUUUUUCUGCACUGCUGUUUCUUCUGUUUGCAUCACAGCUGUAUAUAUGUGUCCAAUUUUUACCAUCCGUGGAUAAAACUUUGCAUUUUCA